AUGGUCUCCCACUGUGGGCCUUUUUCAUCAUACGGGUGCCACUUGGAAACACCUUGCCGUUGUUGGCUCGGCUGCCACCUCUUGUCGCUACGCUCCGUCUCAAUUCACACCACCUCUGCUCCCUAUGUCGCCUUGCUUCCAAAUAAGAGUCCCUGGUGGAAGGGACCACUUCCUGUCGAUGUGCAACGGGCAUCCGUCCGCACCCUCCAAGGCUAUGACUCAGUUCUCUUGACAGGCACCAGCUGUUCCGCGCCACACAGGCCUAGUCCUCGUCAUUCUGUUCUCCAAGCCUGGCAAGAGGCUGCUGAACUCUGUUCGGAUUACUAUGGAUGGCUUCCGGAUGAGAUUGAAAUUCAGGGUGACAAGUCUAGUCUUGCUGCAGCCCUGGUUGCAGGUUGCCUACGAGUGAUCAGUGAUGGGUCCUUCAAGAACACUCUUGGAACUGCAACAAUUCUGCUUUUGACUUAG